GCUGCAGCAAGACUCCAUUUUUAAAGGAAGAGGUGAACAUUUUGUAGCACAUAGAAAACUUCAAGGAACAUCCUGGGAUGGAUGCCCGAUGUUCUGCAUUUCAGCUUCAUCAAAGAUUAAAUUGAUGUUUAUGGGCUAAACCGGACACCUAAAAAUAAUUUGUUUCACUACAUCUAUAAAAAAAUAUGUUCAAGUUCACACUGGCUGACUUAUAAAGGGGCUUUUGGAAUACAACCCAAUGUAUGAAGUACUCCUUCAGCCCUGACAACUACUCUGAAGAUGGAAUUAUGAAUAUGGCAACUUUUCUACGGGGCUUUGAAGAAAAGGGGAUAAAGAGUGACAGGCCUGAGGACCAGCUGAGUAAAGAGAAAAAGAAGAUUCUGUUCUCCUUCUGUGAGGUGUGCAACAUCCAGCUAAACUCGGCAGCCCAGGCCCAAGUCCAUUACAACGGCAAAUCCCACCGCAAACGCGUCAAGCAGCUGAGUGAUGGGCAGCCCCCGCCGCCCGCCCAGGGCCCAGGGCCACUGCUGGCCAGCCCCAGCCCCAGCGCCAGCGCCAGCGCCAGCGCCAGCACAGGCAGUACAUGCCACACUACUACCCUUCCUGCUCUUGUGCGCACGCCUACCCUGAUGAUGCAGCCUUCACUGGACAUCAAACCAUUUAUGUCUUUUCCAGUGGACAGUAGUUCUACUGUUGGGCUCUUUCCAAAUUUUAACACAACUUAUCUUCUGUGUGAAGUGAAAACAGCAAGAGGAUUUUUCCUCAAGGGUUGCAAAUACAAUCUGUUGACAGGCCUUCUGUCGUGGCUUAAGCGUCAUAAGAAAAGAAGAGGCUUAUUUGGGACCAAUAAAUUCUGCCAGAUGGAUCCUGUGCAAAAAGCAGUCAUUAACCACACAUUUGGAGUGUCCAUUCCCCCAAAGAAGAAACAAGUUAUUUCUUGUAAUGUCUGUCAGCUUCGCUUUAACUCGGAUAGCCAGGCCGAGGCCCACUACAAAGGAAGUAAACAUGCCAAGAAGGUCAAAGCACUAGAGGCAACGAAAAAUAAGCCCAAAAUGGUUUCUUCCAAGGACAGCGCAAAGGCUAAUCCCAGCUGCUCCAUCACUCCAAUCACAGGCAACAACUCUGACAAAUCAGAAGAUAAAGGGAAGUUAAGAGUCAGCAUUUCCAGUCCAGCAACAAGCUCUGAAGGUGGCUCCUUUCUCCUCAGAACUGGCACGACACCCCUGCCACCUGGAGCAGCCACUUCUCCCUCCAAGAGCACAAAUGGAGCUUCUGGUAGUGUUUCUGAAUCAGAAGAAGAAAAAGCCAAAAAACUACUUUAUUGUUCACUAUGCAAAGUGGCUGUGAACUCCCUGUCACAGCUAGAGGCACACAACACAGGAUCUAAACAUAAGACCAUGGUUGAAGCUCGCAAUGGGGCUGGUCCAAUUAAGUCCUAUCCUAGACCUGGAUCAAGAUUAAAGAUGCAAAAUGGCAGUAAGGGGUCAGGACUACAGAACAAGACAUUUCAUUGUGAAAUCUGUGAUGUUCACGUUAAUUCAGAAAUUCAACUCAAACAGCACAUUUCUAGCCGAAGGCAUAAGGAUCGAGUUGCAGGGAAACCACUGAAGCCGAAGUACAGCCCUUACAACAAACUCCAGAGGAGCCCAAGCAUUUUAGCAGCAAAACUUGCAUUCCAGAAAGACAUGAUGAAGCCUUUGGCCCCGGCCUUCCUGUCCUCGCCCCUGGCGGCGGCGGCGGCGGUGUCCACCGCGCUGUCCCUGCCGCCCCGGCCGUCGGCCUCGCUCUUCCAGGCUCCGGCCAUACCUCCAGCUCUCAUGCGGCCGGGCCACGGCCCCAUCCGCGCCACCCCUGCCUCCAUCCUCUUCGCUCCCUACUAAUGUCUGCCAGUCCCAGACGGUUGAGGCCAGUAGGAAAGUGGAGAAGGAAAGCCAAAAGGAUUCAGCACUUUGAGCAUUUGGGGUCACAGCGUCCCCACCCACCCGGCCACAAAGUGCGGAGCGCCGCCCCAGCCCCGACUCCAGAGUUAUCCCUCACGAGACUGGAGAGUGCUUUCAGGGGCGCCUCCUGUCAUUUCUGAAUCUGAGCAGCCCAGGCUUUAUCUCCCCGUUUCCCUCCCCUGCCCUACCCUACCCCAUUCAAUAUGUAUAGCGGAGGUAUUUGGUUUCUUGCAAAUGUAUUGGUCAGAAAAAAUAUAUAUACAUAUAUAUCAUUCUCUGACUUAUUUUUUCCAUGGGUGUGAUCUGGCUUAGAAACAAUAUGGAAUCUUUUCCUGACAGACUUGAAAACUAGGGUCUUCCUCACAACGUCUGUAAAUAAUCCUGGAAUCCAACUGGGCACAUUCUAGUGUGGAACAAAAAUAGAUGAACACAAGUGCUUACUUGUGGACCCCAUCUUACCGACGGAUCGCAGCGUUUUCUUUUCCGUGUACUAUUGUUGACAGGGAUUGUGUACUGUUUUAGACCCAAGUGCUGUUGUAUCCUGUGUAGUACUAGACCUGUAUCUCUUGUCUGAAUUAAACAUUUUUAGUUGCUGUGUAAAUGUUAGGAAGCCAAGUAGCUUUGAAUUUUCUCUUUAAGAGAACAAAAGAUAAAGUAAUGUAUUUUCUUUAUUUUACAUUUUAUUUGAUGAUAUUUAAACGAAAUAGAAAGCCAUAUAACAUAGCUCUAAUUACUACCUGUCUGCUAUUUUUGUUUAACUUAUUUUGUAGCUUCCUCACCAUUUGGAGUUGCUAAGCAAAUGUAUACAAACAGAAAAAGAGCUUCCUAAAUUGCACAUUUUUGCACCUCUUGUGCAUUCUGCAAGAAGACAAUGAAUCCAUGUAUUUCUAUGUAAUUAUCUUCUUCAUUUUUAACCUGUUUUCAUUUGUAAUGAUGCUACAUAAAUUUGUGGCUCCCUAAUGCAAUAAUGUACAGAAGAUAAAAAAUUUAUAAUUGAACAACUUGUCUUUCUGUUCACUGAAUAUGUUGCAGGUCGUACUCCCGUGCCCCCCUUUCUAAGCUGAUAUCAACAAGACUGGAAUGUUUGUGAUUAUCAGGGGCAAGAGGUAUGAUAAAAUAGCAAAAUAGAGUGAACUCUUUUACAGCAUCUAUAUCUGCAAUCUGUAAAUGGUAAAAUGUCUGUGUAUUUUUUUAAAUGUACCUUUUCAAUAAAAGUACAAAAAAUAAAAA